ACACCUUCUUCAGUCUCUGCCCUCUGAGAUUCAAUGGCUUCUGUUGCUGCAGUCAACUUCUUCCUCCGCUCAUUACUCCUCUGGCUUGUGUUCUCUCUCCCUCCUUGCCAAGGUGACGAUCAGAACUGGUAUAACAAAUACAGAUAUCCAUUUCUGAAAGAGGCAAGCUCAUUCUCCUCCUCGUCAUCGUCGUCGUCAACAACACCAAGCAACAAUGCUUAUGAUUAUAUAAUAGUGGGAGGUGGAACAGCGGGCUGCCCUCUGGCUUCAACAUUGUCCCAAAACUUCAGGGUUUUGCUUCUUGAAAGAGGGGGUGUCCCUUUUACAAACCCUAAUGUGUCAUUUCUGGAGAACUUUCAUAUCACUUUGGCUGAUACUUCACCAACUUCAGCUUCCCAGUACUUCGUUUCCACUGAUGGUGUUCUUAAUGCCAGAGCUAGGGUUUUGGGAGGUGGUAGCUCCAUUAAUGCUGGCUUCUACACCAGAGCAAGCUCAAGGUUUAUAAAGAGAGUGGGGUGGGAUGCGAAGGUGGUGAACGAGUCAUACGAGUGGGUAGAGAAGCAAAUAGUGCACAGGCCUCUGUUCUCUGCGUUUCAGAGAGCAGUAAGAGACAGCCUCCUGGACGCAGGAAUCUCUCCUUUCAACGGUUUCACCUUCGAUCAUAUUUAUGGCACCAAGCUUGGUGGCACCAUCUUUGAUCGAUUCGGUCGUCGCCACACUUCUGCUGAACUUCUCGCUUCUGCCAAUCCCCACAAACUCACCGUUCUCACCCACGCCACUGUCCACAAAAUCGUGUUUGAUACUCGAGGUAAGAGGCCAAGAGCUGUGGGAGUGAUAUUCAAAGAUGAGAAUGGGAAGAGCCAUCAGGCAAAUCUGGGAAAUGGAAGGGAGAAUGGAGUGAUUGUAUCUAGUGGUGCGAUUGGGACUCCUCAACUGCUUCUGCUAAGUGGGAUUGGCCCAAAAGAGCACCUUCAGGACUUUAAGAUCCCUGUGGUGCUUGAUAACCCCUUUGUUGGGCAAGGCAUGGCUGAUAACCCCAUGAACACCAUUUUUGUUCCUUCCAAUAGACCAGUUUAUCAGUCACUCAUUGAGACUGUGGGCAUCACUAAACGCGGAGUGUACAUUGAGGCUAGCUGUGGGUUCAGUCAGUCCAACGAAAGCAUUCACUGUCACCAUGGAAUCUUGUCUGCUGAGAUUGGCCAGCUUUCCACAAUCCCUCCCAAGCAAAGAUCCCCAGAAGCUGUUCAAGCUUUUAUCAAGAACAAGCGAGAUCUCCCGGUUGAAGCAUUCAGGGGAGGUUUCAUCUUGUCAAAAGUGGCCAACCCUUGGUCUGUAGGUGAGCUCAAGUUAAACAACACCAAUGUAGAAGACAACCCUUUUGUUACCUUCAACUAUUUCAGUCACCCCUAUGAUCUCCAACGUUGUGUUGAGGGUAUCAGAAUAGCCACUAAGGUUGUGCAGUCAGAGCACUUCACAAACUACACCAUGUGUCCCAAACAAACCACAGAAAAACUUCUUAACCUCACCGUGAAGGCCAAUGUGAACCUCAUACCCAAGCAUCUAAAUGACACGCAGUCACUGGAGCAGUUUUGCAGAGACACGGUGAUUACAAUCUGGCAUUACCAUGGUGGAUGCCACAUGGGGAAGGUGGUUAAUUCUGAUUAUAAGGUUCUUGGAGUUGACAGGCUACGAGUGGUGGAUGGCUCAACAUUUACAGAAUCACCAGGGACUAAUCCUCAAGCCACUGUCAUGAUGAUGGGCAGGUACAUGGGACUGAAGAUUUUGAGGGAUAGGUUGCGGAAAUCAGCUUAGGGAAGAUUAGUGCAGUAUGAUGGCGUGAGAGGAACUGUGUAAGUUGGAACAAUGGAAAUUGAUGUGGUAUAUAUUUGUUGUAAUGGUCAGUAAACAGUGAUCAUCACUAAACAAAGAUCGGGACAAAUCAUUUUGGUGUGAUAUUACUUUCUUCUGUUUUGGUUGGGGUCCUGUUUGUCGAACAAUUGCAAAGUGUACUCAUAUAUCCUGUUUAGAGAUCAACAUCACAUAUACUUAUGUGUGAUUCACAGAGGAUAAAUCACUAGUUUGAUUUGAAAGGUGAUACAUGAUCUGUGAUACUUUCAAUUCACAAAGCUCGGAUAAAACUUC